AUGUCGGUGCCCGAGUCUGCCAUUGUGGACAUCCUCACCUCGCCAAUCUACCGGUCUGUCUCGUCCAAGGCUGCUGCACUGGCUCACCUCUUUGCCUCGUCUGCUGCUCCGCUCUCGGCUGCUCUUGCUGCCACCCAGGCUGACCAUGCCGCUGCGCAGGCGUCCUUCACUCGCCUGCUGGCCGCGCUCGACCACGAUCCGUCCAUGCUGUCUCGCGCUGCCUCCGCCUCGCCACCCCGCCGGCCGCGCCAACCUCUGGCCUCGCCGCUUGCUGGACUCGCGCCACUGCCACCCAUCGCAGCAUCGCUGUCGACACCUGCGCUGUCGCCGUCGUCAUCGCCAUCGCCGCCACGAUCGACUGCUGCGUCGCCAGAGCCGUCACUGACUCUUUCGCUGCAGGCAACGCCUGCGAUGGGUGCAGCGCGCUGCAGUGAGCUGGUUGCCCGUCCGCGAGCCGGUGUUGAGCUGCGGCUGGGUGAUGGGAGCGACGGCUCGGGUUCGUCGGGCCUGCAUCUGCUGGUCAUGGCGUUGCUGGCUUCGGACCAGGCGGCACUGGCGCUGCUGGCGGCACAAGACUGUGGCGUCUUUGACGUUGUCACCUACUACUCUGGUGGCCUGCACCUCGAUUCGCGCGCAUAUGAGGGCCGGAUGGACCGACUCCCUGUCGAGACCGUCUUUGACAAAAUCUUUUACGACGCGGUCGUCUCAUCGGCGCUCGACGGCAAGACGAUUGAGGCGCUCUCGCACCAGCUCGACACGGUCUCACCCGUUCGCGCCCUGCUCAAGGCCGCAGGCCUCGCGGUGACCUCCAAGUACGAGGUGCUCUCGCCGGGCGCGCGAGCCCGGUUUGCCACCUCGGCACAGUCGCUGGCGCCGCACUGCGUUCCGGUGAUCGUGCACGGCAAGGCCGAGGGUCCGCGGACCGAGGCCAGCAUCACAUACACCAACGUCAAGGUGCGGUUCCAUGCCGGCGCGGUUGAUGUGGCGCUCGCCGACGGCGACGACGCCGUCCACCCGCUCCAUGGCGUCAUCAUCGCCCUUGUCGCGUCUGAUGCUGCCCAGCUCGACGAGUGUGGCCGCAUGCUCUCGCUCCCGGUGGGGACCGCGACAGUGACCGUCUCGGCACCGCUUGUCCGCGACGGCGCAUCGGGCAUGCUCGAGCUGGCGCGGGUCCGGACCGAGCUUGCUCUCGAGUUCAAGGCAGAGACCAAGGACAACGAGGCGAUGCUCCGGCUGCUCCGCGGCGAGGUGCUCAAGCGGUCGCCUGUCCGGCUCGUCCUCGCGGCUGCUGGCGUGGCGCUCACUGAUGUGUGGACGUUGACUGAGAGCACUUCGUCGAUGGUCGGCAGUGGGCUGGCGGUCGGCGGACCGGCCGCGGGCAUUGCCGCCGCGUACGACCCUUUCUCCAUCGCCGACGCCGAGACCCGGCGGCGUAUCCAUGCUGCGUUUGUCAAGUGCGACUCGGACGGCUCAUCGUUUAUCGACCGCUCCGAGUUUCGCCAGCUCGCGUACAUGAUGGGCGUUCUACUGACCGAGAGCGAGCUCGACGCCGCGCUGGCCGCCAUCGACCUCGACAACGACGCGCAGAUCUCCGAGGCCGAGUUUGCCAAGUGGUGGCUGGCCGGCAUGCCCGGCUUUGGCGCGGCUGGCCCCGACGAGUCCGGCCUCGCUCUUGGCCACCAGCGCCACACCACGGACGGAAACCUCACUGCGCUCAAGCUCAAGCUCUCGUCGCAGGUCUUCUCCAAGCAAUCGUCGUUUGUGCUGCGGUCAGUCCGCUCGGCGGCGUCCGAGCUCGAGCUCGAGCGGGCCGCUGAGCGCAGAGCCGCCGCGGAUGUCAACGACGACAUGCUGGGGAGCCAUCUGCGGCUGCGCGCCGGGCCGAUGGCCCGCGCGCCACCGGCCUCCCAACGGAGCAUGGCCAGUGUUCGCCUUGUCUGCGACGAGAGCGAGGUCGCGCCGCACUGCGGGCCGGAUCGCAGCGAACCGGCUCGCUUUGAGGUUGUGGUCUCGGUUCGGGCCGGGCUGGGGCGAGCUGACGCCGACACCAUCGCCGACGAGCUCUGUGAGCUGCUGGCUCUCGCGCUGCUGCCUGUCGAGGAUGUCGACGAUCCGCAAGUCACGGUCCGCGACUCGACCGAGGUCUCGUCCGGCCUGGUUCUGGUGGUGAGCAUCGGGCUUCCGGCAACGAAGCAGUCGAUGAUGGUCCAGAUGGUGCUGAAGCAGUUGCAGAUCCGUGAGCUGCACGGCGAGGUCGAGUGCUCGCAGCGGCCCGGCGGGCCCAAGGCCGAACCCGCGGUUGCCGUCACGCUUGACGCAGUUGCGUCAGACAUGGCGCUGCAUGUCCUGGGCCGGGUUCGCCGCAAUGGCGUCGGUGCCACCUGGAUCGGGCCGGUCAUCGAGGCACUGCGCCACGCUAGCGUAACCGCCGACAUCUCGCUGGCGGCACCAGCCGACCUUGCCGACUGCCUCCCGCUUGGCGACGGCGAUGACUCGGACAACGAGAGUGAUGACGAGAGCGUGGAUGAGGGCGAGGGCGAGAGCAACAGGCCGGGUGCGGGCCGGGCCAGUAGCAUCCGACACCAGCUGCGCAAGCUGCUCAAGGCCAAGAAUCUUUGGGCUACACUCGCUGACAUGUUAAUGCCGUUCUUUGACAAGCUGCACGCAGCUGCAGGUGUCAUCGACGCCGCUAUGAGCUCAACCUCGGACUCGGUCUCGUCCGACGAUGACGACGACGGACCAAGCAUUGCCGACGCUAUGGUCGCCAUGCACGAGCGGCUGCAGGGCCUUGUCGCGGCUCGGUUGGUCAUCGGCAAGGGCACCAUGCUCGAGGUUACAUGCCGCAACUUUGACAUCUUUGGUCUCUUCCCGACAGCCUCCACGCUGCACGAGUACCGUGUGGCGCGGCGGAAUCGGGCAUCUGCUGCUGCGAGCACUGUCGCUGCUGACUGCGACGGUGGCGCGGCAAGUGACGACGGCCUGUACUGGGGCGAGUUCGGCGUGCGCUCGUUCAAAGUCACGCUCGUCGGCCCGCCCAAGUCUGGCAAGUCGACCUUGGUGGCGGCGCGGACUGCUGCAUCGACGUGGAGCCGCGCGAUGCGCAAAGCCGGGACCGGGGUGGCCGCGGGCGUGAGCCCACCGACCAAGGUCUCGUGCGUUGUCGACGGCGAGCCGGUCUACGCCCAUCUGUGGGAGACGCCCGGGGGGCGGGGCGAAGCUGCGUCAAAGCAGCGGACCAUGGCCGCCAUCAACACCGACGUGUUUGUUCUCGUGUGCGACGGCAACGAUGAGGCCUCGCUGCAGGCGGCGCUGGACAUGUGGAGCCCACAGCUCGGUCCGGCCCAGGCGAGCGCACCGUUUGUGGUCGCCGCCACCUAUGGCGCCCGGCGCGGACGCAAGGCGAUCAACCUGCGACAGGCGCGCAAGGAGGCGCGAACCGCUGGCGCGCUCCACUUUGCCACCGUCGAUCUGGACGACUGGCGCUCGGUGGACGAGCUCUUUGCCCUCGCCACCGAGGUCGCCGUCAACGCCGCCGCCGCUGCCGAGCCGAUCUCGCCGGCCUCGCCGAUGCUCCCUGCAGCACUCCAGUAG